AUGGCGGAAAUGCAGGAGGAGAGCAAAUCAGAAGCAGCCUCCAAUUUGACAGAAGAAGGGGAGGAAGAAGAUAGUGAAGAUGAAUCGGAGGAGGAAGUUGAACCCAAGUUGAAAUAUGAGCGAAUUGGAAAUGACCUGACUGGGAUUCUGAGUAAGGAUGCAGCCAGCUGCAUGGCUGUUCAUCCAAAGUUCUUGGCCCUGGGCACUCACUGGGGGAUGAUUCAUAUCCUGGACCAUGCUGGCAACAACAUCAGGAGCAAGGAAAUAGCAGCUCACACUACAACAGUGAACCAAAUCAGUAUUGAUGAUGCUGGGGAUUUCAUGGCCAGCUGUUCAGAUGAUGGUCGGGUUGUAAUAACAGGUCUGUACACGGAGAGCAACAAUCAAACUGUGAACUUUGACCGUCCAAUCAAAGCCGUGGCUGUGGAUCCACUGUUCUUCAAAGCUGGCAGCGGAAAGCAUUACGUCACUGGAGAUGACAAGUUGAUACUAAAUGAGAAGGGUUUCCUCAACCGCCACAAGACAAAUGUACUGCAUCAAGGGGAAGGACCAAUCAGGAGUGUCAAGUGGAAGUCACAUUUCAUAGCCUGGGCCAAUGAUGUGGGGGUGAAAGUAUACGACAUGAGCUCACGGACAAGAAUCACUCAUAUUGCCAAGGAUCACAGCCACCGCUCCGACAUGUACCGCUGUAAUCUUGCCUGGAAAGAUGACAGAACUCUGCUGAUUGGCUGGGCAAAUGGAAUUAAGGUGUGCGUUGUCAAGGAGCGGGCUCAGGAUGAUAUUAGAGAUUUGCCGAGCAGAUACGUCGAGAUAACUGCCAUGUUCAAGUUGGAAAGUUACAUCUGUGGCAUUGCUCCCCUGGGGGGUAACCUGGUGGUGCUAAUGUAUGACAGGGAGGUGCAGUUAGAGGGAGGUAAGCCAGUAGCGAAUCGUCCUCAUUUGAUAGUAGUGGAGCCAAAGAUGGGGGACUACGUGGAGCUGUCUAACGACGCGCUGUCUAUUCGGGGUUUUACUGAGUAUAGGUGCAACGACUACCAUCUGGAGUGUAUUUCAGAAGAGAGCCUGUUCUACAUUGUCAGCCCGAAAGAUGUGGUUGUGUCAAAGUUACGUGAUCAGGAUGACCAUAUAAGCUGGCUUCUAGAUCACGAGAUGUUUGAGGAGGCGAUGGCAGCAGCCAUGGAGCAUAGCAAGGAACUUAAGAAACACAAUUAUCAGGAAAUAGGUAGACUUCAGCUGGAGCAUCUACUGGAGAACGAAGCUUAUGAUGACGCAUCACGUCUUUGUGUCAAGAUUCUCGGGAAGAACAAAGAAUUGUGGGAAGAGGAAGUGUACAAAUUUGCCAAAAUUAGACAGCUUAAGACAAUAGCUCCGUACCUGCCCCAGGGUGAUCCCAAACUGAGCCCUGCCAUCUAUGAAAUGGUCCUGAAUGAGUACCUGCAGUCUGAUUAUAAGGGGUUCCAUCAGUUGGUGAAGUCGUGGCCCUGUACCCUGUAUAACAUCCAGACCAUUGUCAAUGCUGUGCUGGACAGACUGGAUCGGGACAGGAAUGACCGGACCCUGCUGCAAAGCCUGGCUGACCUUCACACUUAUGAGAAGAGGUUUGACAAGGCUCUGGCAAUCUACCUCAGGCUACAGGAUCCAGGCGUUUUCAAACUGAUUCACAAACACAACCUGUUUGACGCGAUCAAUGACAAGAUUGUACAGCUGAUGCAGUUUGACCGUGACCAGGCAGUUAACAUGCUGCUGGAUAACAUAGACAAAAUACCUAUAGAGAAGGUUUACCAGCAGUUAGAGAAGAGCCCGGCCCUGCUUCAUGUUUACCUGGACAGACUAUUCCAGAAGGACCCUCACUUAGGCCAGGCCUUCCACGCACGCCAGGUGUCGCUCUACGCGGAGUAUGAUCCAUCCAGACUUCUGAUGUUUCUGCGGACCAGCAGUUAUUACCCUUUACAGGCAGCCAUGAAAGAGUGCGAGACAAGAGAUCUGCUGCCUGAACAGGUCUUCCUCUUAGGCCGUAUUGGUCAGACCAAACAAGCGCUUAAACUCAUCACCAAUCGUCUGAAAGAUGUAGACCAGGCCAUUGAGUUCUGUAAGGAGCACAAUGAUGAGGAAUUGUGGGAAGACUUGAUUUCAUACUCCAUCGACAAACCAAACUUUGUAACAGGAUUACUCCAGAACAUAGGGACCCAUGUGGAUCCUAUAAUCCUAAUCCAGAAAAUCAGACAAGGGAUGGAAAUCCCUGGAUUAAGGGAUUCACUCGUCAAGAUUUUGCAAGAUUACAAUCUUCAGAUCUCACUGAGAGAAGGUUGUAGGAAGAUUCUAGUGGCUGACAGCUUUGGGUUGUCUGACAAACAGGUGAAAAUGCAGAGGAGAGGUAUUUGUGUUGAAGGGUCUCAGAUGUGUCAGAUUUGUCAUCAGAGAAUACUUGUUUCAGAUCUGCGUUAUGCCAGUAACAUUGCAGUCUUUUUUUGUCGUCACGCAUUCCACGAAGACUGCCUGCCUGUUCAUGCUAUGGAGAGAUGUGCAAUAUGCUCUACUCAGAGACGGGGGCCCGGCUCUCGAGAUACAUUCCGCAAAUAAUAUCUGGGGAUGUAACUCUUGCAGGGGUGGUGGUGUAUGAAAACAGAGAAAUUGUAAACUGGCUCCUUAAGCUCAACUUUUGCUGUAUCACAUGACUCUGAAGUGUAGGGGAGAACAGAGGGUUGUUAAAUGACUUUUGCUGUUAAAACCAUGCUCCACAGAUCCACAGAACAUGGUACAUGUAUGUACAAGUUGAUGUGGAGCCAAAGUUGGAGCCAUAAUGUUGCUUCAUUUCCAGGUAAAAAAAAACAAACAUAUAGUCCCCAUUGUUAAACUGACUGUUCAACUACAUCUUUUUGAGAGAAAGAAUGAAAAUUGAAUUUCAUUUUAUUGUGCAUUCUGAAAUUUAGGUCUCUCCCCUUUGUGUAUUACUUUCCUUGAGAUGAGUGCUAAAACUGUCUUUGUAAAUAACUUGUACAGCACAAUUAUACUUUUUGAAGAAAGUCUGAAGAAAAGAGAAAAAGAUGUUGUUUUUUUUUGGGUUUUUUUUAUCUUGAAUGGGGUUUGUCAGUUUCUUUGCUAUCUUGUCGCUCAAAUUUAAGU